AUGCAGGGCCUUCUCGAACUCGUGAAGGCUGAAGAUCCUGACGUGCUCUUCUUGUCGGAAACAAAGUUAGACAAGGAGGGAAUGAAGAUCAAGAUCCUCUUGAACAUGCCACACAUGGAAGUAACAAACUGUGUGGGUCGAAGUGGGGGUCUGGCCCUGCUUUGGAAGGAGGAUGUCAAUCUGGUUGUUAAUCCAGGAUCGUCGCGCUUUCACAUUAAUGCAAUGGUCACCGGAGAUGAUGGGUUCAUAUGGAGGAUCACGAGCAUCUGUGGUGAGCCGCAGUCGAGGGCAAAGGAGAAGACUUGGAAGCUCCUGCGCAUCCUUCAUGGGCAGUACAACCUGCCAUGGAUGUGGUUCGAAGAUUUAAAAGAGGUUAUGUUUGCUAGUGAGAAGCAAGGUGGGCAGGCAAAGAAACAAGCCUGCAUGGAUAAAUUCAGAAUGGCCCUUGAGUUCUGCGAGCUGGAAGACCUGGGUUUUGUUGGUGACCCAUAUACUUGGCGUAAUCACAGCCACUGCGCUGCAAAUUACGUCAAGGAAAGGCUUGAUAGGUCUGUCGCGGAUUUGGAGUGGCGGACCCAUUUCCCCGCUUAUAAGGCGAUCAAUGGUGAUCCCAGGCACUCUGAUCAUAGGCCCGUGAUUGUGAUCCUGGAUCCGGACCCUCACCUUGGUAGCUCCCAUGGGGUGAGAGAACGACCAAAAUUUGAGGCAUUUUGGCUCGAGGAGGACCAAUGCGAGGAGGUGGUGCACAAUGCCUGGCAUUUGGCCCUCCUGUCUGGUGAUGUGCCUAUCAGGGAUGCCAUCAGAAAAGUGAAUUCCGAGUUGCACUCUUGGAGCAAGGAGGUGUUGGGAGAUCUCCAGAAUCGCAUCAAGAAAGCCAUGAAAGAUCUAAAUCGCUGCAGGAAGCGUGCUCUUUCCCAGGAGCAGGUCUCGCUGGAACAUAUGCUCAGAUACAAGCUUGAGAGACUCCAGGACCAAAAAAAUACUUUCUGGAAACAAAGGGCUAAGGCCAACUGGCUGAAGGAUGGGGACAUGAAUACUAGCUUUUUCCAUGGUUGUGCCUCGGAGAGGAAGAAGGUAAAUUUGCUGAAGAAGCUGAAAUCUAAUGACGGGAUUUGGGUCGAGGGGGAUGAGAAUCUGCGAUCCUUUAUCACGAACUACUACCAAAACCUGUUCACUUCUAGUGCGGGUACCCGGGAGUCCGAGUUUCUUGCCGUUGUUGCCUCUGUGGUCACUUCUGAAAUGAAUUCUUUCUUGAGAAGGCCUUUCACCGUUGAAGAAGUUAAGACUGCUCUUGUUUCCAUGGGUGAUCUCAAGGCUCCGGGCCCUGACGGGAUGCCUGCUAUCUUCUAUAAGCGGUUUUGGGAGCUAAUUGGUGCGAAGGUCCAGCUUGAAGUUCUUGGAGUCCUAAAUGGUGGCCCUAUCCCGGUUGGGUCGAAUGAGAUAGUGAUUGUGCUCAUUCCAAAAAUCAAUAAACCUGAGCGUGUGAAGGACUUGAGGCCCAUUAGCCUAUCCAACCUGGUCUUCAAGGUUGUCUGCCAAUCUAUUGCUUGUCAGUUGAAGGAGGUUCUGGAGGACAUCAUCUCCCAGAAUCAAAGCGCCUUUUUGGUGAUGAGCUGUAUCACCUCUGUUACUUAUAGAGUCAAGGUGAACAAGAAUCUGACUGAUGUCAUCAUUCCGCAGCGUGGUCUGUGCCAGGGCUACCCCCUCUCCCCUUAUCUCUUCAUCAUGUGUGUCGAGGGACUUUCUACCCUUUUCAAACAGACCGAGGAGGAUGGCUCGCUACAUGGAGUGCAUGUCUGUCCUGCUGCACCACGCAUCAACCACCUGUUCUUCAUGGAUGACUCCCUCAUUUUCCUAAAGGUAAAUGAAUCAAGUGCAAAAAAGCUCAGGGACAUUUUGGCUCUGUACGAGGAUGCAUCGGGCCAUAUGUGGGCUCUCCUGGCAUCUCUUACACUUGGCACAGUAUACUGA